UCAAAUCCUUAAUUUUAAAGUUGGGAUCUUUUAAAAAUGUAAACAUGAUUAUAAAUACAGUUAAGAAAAUUCAUAUUCUAAUAUCAUCUAACUGGUAUUAAGCUUUUGAACUUCAAAGCGCGAUCUAUUUAUAAUAUUCUACUAAACCUUUACCAUGAUUAUACAUAUACAAUUCUUGCAAAAUAAAUGAUAUUUAUAUGGCUUCAAUUCCCCAAUUUUAUAAAAUGUUGUAGAUAUUCAAAGUGUGUCAUUGCGAAAAUACUUCUUAUAUCAUGUUUCCCUAUUUCAUUAUAUUUUUUUCCUUCUGUUCAUGGGUUCUUGCAGGUGGUCUACUCCCCAGUAAUGCUCAAUUAAUUGCCCAAGGAACUGGAGUUCCGGAAGUACCACUUGGAUAUUUUACAGAGAAUGGUAGAACUUACUUAGCAGCACAUGGAGGCAUGAAAGAUACAUUCAAUAUAGAUUCAGCUACUGCUGCUCUUUACGGUUACGAUGGUAAAGUAGGCGCUGUUGUAGACGAUCACUUAACUUUUUCUGACACUACUAGUGCAGACCAAUUUCAACUAUGGAUUAGGUCAGAUCGUAUCGAGAUUAGUCACAGAGAACUUAAUUUCUUUUUAUGUCACGAGACUGAGUAUGGACGAAUUUUACUUACUACAAUGGCCUUCAAUCCCGACUUAUGCUAUCAUGUUAUCUUGUACUUAGUUCCCGAUCCUCCCGAUCUUACUGAACCUACAGGAUUACUCCCUUCUAACGCUCCAUUACUCGCAAAAGCAACAGGAGUUCCGGAUGUGCAACUUGGAUACUACACUGUGAAUGGUACAACAUAUUUUGCAGCAAUUGAAGACUCCCGAAACAGUUUCAAUAUAGAUUCACUUACUUCCAACCUUUUCGGUAACGAUGGUAAAUACUGCGUUCUCCUGGAAAACAAUUACUUCACAUUUGCUAAUACUCCUGGUACAUCUCAAUUUCAACUAUGGAAUUGGCCAGAUGGUGUUGAGGUUAUUAACAGACAAGGUAAUGUUUUUCUAUGUAAUAUAACGAGUAUAGGAGCAACUAUACUUACUAUGAGUGCCAUCAGUCCCGAAAUGUGCUAUCAGGUUACCUUGGAGUUCGAUAUUGAUCCACCUGAUCCUUAUGAACCAGUUGGUUUACUCUCUGCUGACGCUCAACUAUAUGCACAAGGUACAGACGUUCCCGAUGUUCUACUAGGAUAUUACACUUUCCUUGGUGUAACUUACUUAGCAGCAAAAGAAAGUUCCCAAGAUACAUUCAAUAUAGAUUCAGAUACUGCCAAUCUUUAUGGUAAUGAUGGUAACUUCUGUGUUGUUCUGGAACCCAAUUACUUCACUUUUACUAACACUCCUGGGAAAGCAAAAUUUCAACUAUGGACUUAUCCAGAUCGUAUUGAGAUUACUUAUACAGCAGGCUAUUUCUAUUUAUGUGAUAUAAGUACCUUAGGAGCAACCAUACUCACUACCAGUUAUACGAAUACCGAUUCAUGCUAUCGUGUUACAUUACUAACCUUUCCUCCUGACCCCACUGAUCCUACCGAUCCUACCGAUCCUACCGAUCCAACUGAUCCAACUGAACCAACUGAUCCAACUGAACCAACUGAUCCUACUGAGCCAACUGAACCAACUGAACCAACUGAACCAACUGAACCAACUGAACCAACUGAUCCUACUGAACCAACUGAACCAACUGAACCAACUGAACCAACUGAUCCUACCGAUCCUACUGAUCCUACCGAUCCUACUGAUCCUACUGAUCCUACUGAUCCUACUGAAGAACCUACCGAACCAACUGAACCAACUGAACCAACGGAACCGACUGAUGAACCUACCGAAACCAGCGAACCUGUUGAAGAUAUUGAAAUUCCUGAGGGAGUGGAGCCUGCUCCGCUUGUCGCUGUUAGUGAAAAUGGUAUCAGAAUAUCAUUAAGAACUCUUGAAGUUUUAGAAAACGCAAAUGAUAGUGCUUCUGGCAUUCUGAAACGUGAAGACAGUAUAGCAGUUCCAGAAGUUACUUAUUUGGUGGUUGGAACUGAUGAUGAUUCUGCAUUUUACAUCCUAGAUGGCAAGCUUUACAAUAUAGAAGGUCUUGUGGCCGGUAAUGAACACUCGACAUUUAUUACCUUUGCAUCCGAGGGAGGAUUGACAGGAUUCGAUAUCUCUGAAGAUGGCGAUUUAUAUUUCAGAGGAGAUGACACAUUCUAUUAUUGCUAUUUGGAUGGAGGAAAUACUACUUUCAGAGCAAUUUCCCUUGAAGAUGUCGGAUCUUGUAAUGACACUUCACUUAUAUUAGAAGAUAUUAGUGCUGAGGAAGAGGAAGAGGAAGUUUCUACGUGGAUCACUACUGUUUUUCUCCUCACUGAAACUAGUACUAUAACCGAAUGUGCAUCAACAGUGACCGAUUGUCCAGACUUCUCCACAAUCGUCCAUACUAUUACUACAACAUACUGUCCGGACACAGAACCUGGUCCAUAUACACUCACUUUAUAUGCAGCAGUAGAAACCGGAGACGAAAGCGAAAUUGAAACUCGUACAUUUAUAACUACAAUAUGUGAUACGGUAUGCGAGACAGCACUUUCUUCUUCUGUCCAACCAGGUUCCAUGGCAACAGAGAUCCCUAUUUUUAAUAGUGCUGGCACUUUAACUAGUUGGUUUGGGUUAUCUAUUGCGGCUUGUCUUAUAUUUUUACUUUGA